GACUCGGUAGUUAUUUGUAUCCGUUUCUUGCAGCGCACCGGUGACACUAUAAGGCUAAACCUCAGCGCCUCGUUCCUCUGGGUUUUGGUGUUUUAUACUCUUUUAUUUUGAGAACUCAGACCAGUACUGAACUCUGGUUUUUACUGUAGACCCGCGUGCAGGUGUUCCUGUGUGUCUCAGGAUGUCUUACCCUCCUCCGCUUAACCGCCAGCAGCUUGGCAUCCCGCAGUUACCUCCCAGGAUCCCCCCUCCUCAGUUUGGAGGGUUUGCACCGGCUGUCCCUCCAGGUACUCCCAUGAUCCCGGUUCAUAUGGGUGUAGUGACCCCCACACCCACCUUGAUGUUGCAGGUUCUCCUCCCAACUGUCGCUAUAGCACAGAAGCCGAUGCUUCAAAAGAAGGAGCAAGGCAUCAGACUCAAAGACACGGACGACGGCGGCGGUCCGACCACCACUGUGUUUGUAGGAAACAUCUCUGAGAAGGCGUCCGACAUGUUGGUCAGGCAGCUCUUAGCGAAAUGUGGAAUCGUUCUGAGCUGGAAAAGGGUCCAAGGUGCCUCUGGGAAACUUCAAGCUUUUGGCUUCUGUGAGUACAAGGAGCCGGACUCCACACUGCGAGCCCUCAGACUCCUGCACGAGUUGCUCUUAGGCGAUAAAAAGCUGCUGGUCAAGGUAGAUGCCAAGACCAAGGCCCAGCUGGACGAGUGGAAGGCCAAGAAGAGGAGUGCAAACGGGGGAACCAGUGACGUGUCCAAGAACGAGGACGACGAUGACGAGGAGGAGGUUUUGGACGAAGAGACCGUACGUCGCGACCAGGUUGUGAAGGGGGCGAUAGAAGUCCUCAUCCGAGAGUACGCGAGUGAGCUCAACGCUCCGUCUCAGGACCCCGACAGUCAACCACGAAACAAGAAGAGGAAAGAGAAGAAGGAGGAGGAGGAUAUCAACGCCAUGGAGAUGGAGGACGACAAGAGAGACCUGAUUUCCAGAGAGAUCAGUAAAUUCCGCGACACGCACAAGAAACUGGAGGAGGAGAAAGGAAAGAAAGAGAAGGAGCGGCUGGAGAUCGAGAGGGAGAGGAGAGAGAGGGACAAAGAGCGGGAGAGAGAGAGGGAGCGCCGCGACCGCGAGAAAGAGAAGGAGAGGGAGAGAGAGAGGGACAAGGAGCGGGAGAGGGACCGCGAUCGGGAGCGGGAGAGAGACCGCGAUCGAGAACGGGAGAGGACGAAGGAGCGAGAGAGGGAGCGGGAGAGGGACAGGAGUCGAGACGUCAGUGAAGAUCGCAGCAGAUCCAGAGAGAGGACCAGAGAAGAAAAGAAACGAGACCGUGAGGAGGAUGAGGAGGACGUGCACGAACGGAGGAGACUGGAGAGGAGGCUCCGAGACAAGGAGGCGGCUUACCAGGAACGUCUCAAAAACUGGGAGAUCCGGGAGAGGAAGAAAGGUCGGGACUACAGCAAAGACACAGAGAGAGAUGACGAGAGGCGUCGUGAAAUGAUGAAAGAAGCCAAAAGACUAAAAGAAUUCCUUGAGGAUUACGACGACGACAGAGACGACCCGAAAUACUACAGGGGCAGCGCUCUGCAGAAGCGACUCCGUGACCGAGAAAAGGAGACAGAGUUGGACGAGCGGGACCGGAAGAGAGAGAAAGAGGAGCUGGAGGAGAUCAGACAGAGGCUGCUGGCUGAGGGUCACCCCGAUCCUGAUGCUGAGCUGCAGAGGAUGGAGGAGGAGGCAGAGCGCAGACAGCAGCCUCCUCUGAAACUUGAACCCGAGGAGAACCAGGUGCACCAGGAGAAGUCCCACAAGGAUCGUGAUCGUGAGAAAAGUCAGCGAGGGUCAGCGAGACCCGCCGAGCCGAUCUCCCGAGCUCCACCGCAACAUUCUGACGACGACGUAGCAGACGCAUUCGAGGAUGACUACCGCGAUGCUGAGGACUCUCAAGACGCCAAACCACAACACAAACCCAUCAUGAGGCCGGUCGUUACAGCUCCCUCAGUGUCCUCCGCCAGUGGGAACGCCACCCCGAACACACCCGGCAACGAUUCCCCCAUUGGGAUCAUCAUUCCAGGCGAGAAUACUCCUGAGGUCCAACCUCCAGAGGAGCUCCGACCCAAGAUUGGUCUCAGCCUCAAACUGGGCGCCACCAACAGUCCCAGUCAGCUCAACGUGGGGAAGAGGAAGAAGCUGGCGUCCGUGGAAAGUGUGUUCAACAAGUUUGAUGAUGAGGAAGCCGACGAGCAGCCUCGCAAAAGGAAACUGGUGCCGCUGGACUACGGUGAUGACGACAAGAGUCUGGGACUGGACGGGGCCGAGAUUUCAGGAGGCAAAGGCAACAUCAACACGGAGGAGAAACGCAAGCACAUAAAGAGCCUCAUAGAGAAGAUCCCCACGGCAAGACCAGAGCUCUUCUCCUACCCUCUGGACUGGACCAUGGUGGACUCGAUUCUGAUGGAUCGCCGCAUUAGACCAUGGAUCAAUAAGAAGAUUAUUGAAUACAUCGGCGAGGAGGAACCCACUCUGGUCGACUUUGUCUGCUCAAAGGUGAUGGCACAUAGCACUCCUCAGGGGAUUCUGGAUGAUGUGGCGAUGGUUCUGGAUGAAGAAGCAGAGGUCUUCAUAGUAAAAAUGUGGAGGCUGUUGAUAUACGAAACAGAAGCAAAGAAGAUCGGACUGGCAAAAUAAAAGACCUCGUGUCUCUCUGACUUCCUUAGCUCACAGAUCUGCUGCCUUCAGUUUUCUCGGCGCUGCAGACGGUAAUCAUGUGUCCAUACAUCCCUCCAUUCCAUCAGCACGGAGCGGCUGCCUUCCUCGUGUGUGUGUUUGGAGGAAAAAGUCUGAGCUGUGAAACAGAACGGGUUUGCACAAACAUACUGCAUGAUGAAACUUUGGUUGUAUUUCUUUUCUUUGGUUGAGGCAAACGACGGUCGAAUUACAUCCAUGUUCUCUGAUACGUUGGACACAUCAUGCUUUGAUUUACUGUUGUAAUGUUGAGGCACUGCUCCAUUGUGUGAACCAAUAAAUAUGCUUUUUUAUAAAACCGUU